AUGGCCACCAGCACUACUACUCCCCUUGCAAAGGCUGCUGAGGCGCUACGCUGUCGUUUCACCGACCUGGCGGGCCUCUACGUCUACCCCGGGGGAAGCCAGCACCGCAUCGACUCCCUGUGGUGGUGGGUCAAGUUCGUCUACGACCACUCCACCCUGCGCCCCGCCGAGGGCGGCGCGCUCAAGCGCGUCUUUUCCCUCAGCGAGGGCCACAAGAGCAAUCGCGCCGCUUGGGGCAAGAGCAAAGCCUACCUCUUCGCCCUCGCCUACAAGGCACGUCGUGAGUGUUACACGGCGCAUUGGAGGGCUUGCGCCGAGAGACAGCCGCAGCCGCAGCAACAAGAGGGGUCGACCGACCCCCAGGCCGCACCGGUGCUGGUGAAGCCGGACCCGGAGGACCAGCUGCUGGCGUGGCUUGACCUGCUCCUCCUCAUCGCCUGGAAGCACAUGUCGACUCAAACAGCCAAGUCGAGAAAGGGGUGGUUGGCCUUCCCCUUUGUCACCCUCAAGCGCGCCACCACCGACGAGUCCGACCCAGCCGCCGCCGUCUUCAGCGACUACGAGUACCUGGGCCUCACCACUGUCGAGGAAGCGAACGGUUGGCAGCUGGAGUGGACGGAGGAGGGCGAGAAGGCCUUCCAGCACUGGAGCGCGCGCGAGGACGAGAUCAAGGCCCUGGGCUCGCUGCGCCGCCGGCUGAUCGACGACCGCGCCGAGGCCGCCCUCGCCGACGCUCGCAAGGCGCUCGACACCGCCAUCGGACGCGGGCGGGCGCGGCCAACCCGGCAGAGCAAGGCCACAGUGAUCGACCUCACCGCCGAAACGGUGGUGAAGCUGAGCGCGGAGGUGGGGGCGCUGAGGGAGGAGCUGAGCAAGCUGCUCGCGGAGACCAAGAAGCAGAAGAAGAAGCGACUGCGCGUAAAGAAGGAGAAAAAGGAGAAGAAGAAGAAGAGGAAGAAGGAGGAGAAGGAGAAGGAGGCCACAGAGAAUGAAGAGAGCGACGACGAUCGCAGCGGUGAUGACAAUGAAGACGACGACGGCGACGAUGAUGAUGAGAUCGAGGACGAAGGGGACGACCAAAGCCAGACAACACUCUCGAGGAAGAGGAAGCGCCAAGAGGAAGAAGAGAAAGAGAAGAAAGAGAAGAGCAAGAAGAAGAAGAAGAAGAGCAACAACAAGAAGAAGGCGAAGAAGAGGCGAACAGGUGAUGAAGGAGAAGAAGAAAAGAAGGAGGAGGAGAAGAUGGCUGAGCCAGAGGAACAAGACGACGACGGCGACGAUGGUGAAGAGCGCCACAGUUUGGUGCGUCGCCGCAAGCGUCGGGCCAGGAGCCUCUUCGAGAUGCGUGCCGGCAGCUGCACGCAGAGUUGA